UUCAAAUUGACAAUUCGCGGCGUCUCAACAGCUGUUCGACCAUUAUAUCAACCUCAAAGCGACGUUUAUUAAUUUAUUACACGUGUUUUCAUUUUAUAGAUACUAGAAGAUCAAUAUUAAAAUAUAGAAUAUCAUGGAAGAAGAAGCUGGAGUUAGAGCGCCUGUUACCCGACGCCGGGGAAGAAUAUCUGUGGAAGUAUCUGAUGAGGGAAAACCUUCAUCAGCGCCUGGUACACCAACAAAGAAAAGAGGUGGCCGGAAGCCUGCUAAGACAGAACUUGAAUUAAUCAAUGAAAAUGUUGCAGAAGAAAAUGUAAAAACAACAACAAAGAAAACUGCAGUAAAAGAAUUAAAAGAAAUUGAAGAGAAACCUGUGACUCCAUCGCGGCGAAGUGCAAGAAUUAAAUCGAAUACAAGUAUUGUGUCUGACACUGUGCAAACUUUUGAUUCUCCUAGAGCUAAAAGAGCUGCAAGAAGGACAUCUCAAGCUGGAAGUGAUAACGAGAUACCACUUACGCCUAUUAGGCAAACCAGACGAACCAGACGUGAUUCAACAUCAAGUAUUGAAAAGCAAGAUGCAGUAACAUCAGAUGUAAAGGCAUCAACAAAAAUCCCUGAACCUAUCUCAGAGGAGCCAGAAAAUACUACCAAAGUUACUAAUGGUGAACUUAGAACUUCAGAUAAUGAAAACUCGAAACAAAGCCCUGUUCGAAGAAGUCCAAGACUUAGAAACAAAAAAUCUUUAUCAAAUACACCAGAGAAGGACGACGAAAACAAUGGUUUAGGUGAUAAUACGACUAAUGCAUCUCAGUCUAAAAAUGAAGAGUCUGAGGAUAAAGUUUCAUCAACUGUUAGUCCUGAGAGAACAAAUGAAUCCAAGAAUUCUCCUAACAAUGCUAUUAAAGAAUCAUCUGAAAAAGAAAAGCUUUCAACUUCUAGUGCAAAUCUAAUCAGAGAUCUAGAUAUGAAUCCUCGUAAAAAGAUAAAUGUGAACAAAAGUAUGAUAGAAGCUCAGGAGUCUAAUAAAGUAAAACCAAAGAGACAAAGAACUAAAUCAUGGACAACGAUAACCACACCUGUUGUGACAAAAGAUGAUUUCUAUAGUGAUAAUGAGAAAACGAGAAAAAAACGUCAAUCUAAAUGUUAUGUUGUUUUAGAUGACAUUAAUAAUUCAGGGUCUGGUGAUUGCAAACGCAAUAAUAGCAACACUGAAGGCAUUGAUGUAACCGAAAAAAAUAGCAGCAUGAACAAGUCUUCAGUAAAUAAAGAGACAUCACUUCACACAUCCAAUAAAUUAGAUUCUAAUAAUGACGCUGGUGUAGACAGUGGAAUUACGAAUCUAUUUAAAAAUGAUCCAAGCAAUAACAUCCAAACUGUGGUACUAAUAGAAGAUUCAGACAGUAAUUCUAAACAUUCAAAAACUCAUAAGGAAGAUGCGAAUGAAGAUCAAUGUGUUCCAGUUGUAGAUCAUGAGUUAGAAGAUGAAAAAAGUAAUGACGAGCCUGAUCAUGCUCUAGCUACUCCUUUCGAAGCCAACAAUGAAUCUAUUUUUAAACACACAACAUCUUUCGAAUUUAAACAAUCAAAUGCAAAUGAUUCGUGUGAACCAAUGGAUGUUGAUGAAACAUUACCAGAAAUACUAACUAAUAAUUUGUCUAACAAAGAAAUAGAAUCAAAAGAUAAAUCAAUUUCACACGAAACUGCUACAAAUGAAAGUUUAAAUAAAUCAAAAAGAAAAUCUUCCAAACGUGUUUCAACAUGCGAAAAUCUGGAUAAAAGUGGAAAUGAAAAUAAAAGUACUCUAAUACUAUCACAAUUAAAAGAUUCAAUAUCUGAAAACAAGUCGCCACAAAUUUUAUCCAAAUCACUUAACACCCCAAAUGUUACAGUAGCAACGACAGAAAUUAACAAAACUCUAUCCAAAACAUAUUUAACUAGUACACCUCUUCAGAAAAAGAAUAUGGAAAAACAAAAUGAGCAAAUUUCGAACAUUUUCGAUAACAAUGAUUCUAAAAGUAAAAAUAAAACUACUCCUAAGAAAAACAUGUCAGCUAUAACAAACAGUCAAUCUUCUGAUGACAACUCUACUGCUGAUGAGGAAUCUGAAGCAAGUGAUAAGGAGAGUUUAUUGGACAAUGAAGCCGAAGAAGCCAGCGACAGCUAUUUAUCUGGAGACAGUCGUGAUGAAGAAGAGAAACAAUAUGAAAAGGAAAACGAAGUAGUAGAAAAGGGCGAAACCUUAACAUCCGAUGAAGAGUUCUCCAAUGACUCGGAUUAUGAAAAAGAUUCAUUUCUGGUGUCUUCUAAUGAAGAAGACAAUGAGCUACUCAGUGGAACCAGUGAUGAUUUAUCAAUGAGUGACAAUGAACUGAAAAUGACUUCAAAAUCGAAGAAAAAAUAUAACGAGAGAAAAUUAAAACAGCAAAAACAAGCAUCAAGAGAAAUGUUCCAAUCACGUCACAAAUUAACCGACUCUAAGAACAGAUCAAAAUUAAAGAUACAAUCUUCUCAAAGUUCUGAUUCUUCAGAGUCUGAAGAUGAUGUGAUAGGUUCGAGAAAAAAUAAGAGGAACAGACUAGUUUCCUUUAAUGAAUCGGGUGCUAAAUCGGAUUUGGAAAAUACCGUUCAGAUGGAAAAUCAACAAGAACGUAGAAAGUCAUUAGAAAGCAAUGCAUUAAUUGAAAAAGAAAUUACUAUUUGCGAAGAGACGUCAAAGGAAAUCAAUGAUCCACUGGCAACUCAAAUAAAAUUGGAACCAAAGACACCAAUAAAAGAUACUAAUAUGUCUGUUGGAUUUGUUGAUGCGAAUAAUGUAAAAAAUACACCUUGUCAACAAAAUUCAUCAAAAUCUAAAAACCCGUUGGAAGAUUCUGAUGAUGACAGUUCUUCUUUAAGUAGCGGAGACAUUAAAAUUACCAAUAAUUACGAUAAAGUUCUUAAGGAAUUAAAAUCUAAAAAUGCAAAUGUCUCAUUAAAUGCAGACGAAAAAAGCAAAGCGAACUCUAAACAGAAUAAAUCUGGCGUAGACCUCAAUUCAACACAGUUAAAAGAAUCUACAAAAGUAAAGAAUAAGUCAUCCCAAAAUAUUAACGAUGUGUCUUUAAAUCUGAAUACAAGUGAAAAGGAAAGCGAAAAUAUUAACAAAACAAUUAAUCCAGACGACAUCGCUCAUACUGGAACAGUCAAAAAAUCCAAUGUUGGAAAUCUAUCUCUGAAUUCAAAUAAAAAAUCGAAGAAAAAAGAUAAAAAAUCAAUUGUUGAUCAACUAAAUCUAACUCAAGUAAAGGAUAAAUCUGCAAAAACUGCGGUAAAAACUAAAUCUAAACCAGCAAAGGAAAAGAAGGAAAGUUGUAUGGAUGACUCUUCUGAUUCUAUUGACUUAAAGUUACUUUUCUCUGAAGACAGUGUUAAUAGUAUAGAUUCUAAUAAACAUAAAGAAAGAAAGACUGAUGACAAAUUAGAAGAAUUUAUACCGUUAAAGAAAUCGGAAGCAAAAACCAAUAUUCGAGCAAAUGAGGAUACUGAUAAUCAAGAGGAAGAAAUGCCGUUCUUCAUUGACACUGUUGGUGAUAGCUCUAUGAGGGAAGAAAAUGAUAAAGGACAGGAAAGUGAUUCAUUGAGUACAGCCGACUCUAAUGACGGUGGCCCGCCUCUUGAAAUUUCAUAUAAAAAGCGUAACUCCCUCAGUAAUAACGUAAAAGAAAAAGAUAAUCUCAUUAACAUCUCUCAAUCAGAAAAGCCUUCAAAUACUUUAAAUGCAUCAAAUAUUAUUGGAAGUGAAAAGAAGAAAAACAAAAGGAAAUCAUUGAAUAAAUCAAAUGUGACAGAAACUCAAACAACAGAAUCUGGAGAGGUUGUAAAUCAAACUUUGGUUUCGAAAACACCAAAAAGUGAAUCUAAAAAGAAGAAUACGAGUCUUUUAGAAUCGCACAAUGAAUCGAUUUUAGAACCAGUUAAAGACACUGAGGACGCUACAAAUCAAUCAGUGGUUCCAAAAACACCUAAAAGCGAUAAGAAAAAGAAGAAAAACAACAGCGUUUCAGAAGCACAAAAUGAGAUUAUAUUACCUGAAUCUAAACUGACAGAAACUGAGAACAUUAAUCAAUCAUUAACAAAAACACCAAAGAGUGAAAAAAAGAAAAACAAAAAACUUUCUGAAACUCAAGUUACUGAUACAGACAAUGCAGUUAACAAAUCAAUUACUUCAAAGACACCUAAAAGUGAAAAGAACAAGAGUAUUUUAUCAGAAUCACUGCAUAUGUCAAUUCUAACUAAACUUGAUGACAGUGAUGAGGAAAAAAAUAAAUCAGUAAAUAUAAAAACACCUAAAAGUGCAAAGAAGAAAAUGAAUUUAUCUGAACCACUUAAUAAAUCAAAUGUGGAUGUACCUGAAACUAUUGAUGCAACUGAAGUUAUUAAUAAAUCAUUAAAUUCACAGACUGCCAAAGAAAAGAAGAAAAAGAAUUUGUCACAAUCAUUAAAUAUAUCAAUUCUACCUUCUAUUGAAAUUAGUGAUACGGAAGAAAAUACACCUACAGAAAUUAUUAACACUAGUGGUGGUAAGAAAAAGAAACAUUCUAAAUCACUAAACAGUUCAAUGUUGGAGGAAAAUAAAACAUUAGAUCAAUCAAAUAAGAGUCCUAAAAAGAAACAAAAUAUUGGAACAGCGGAUGAAGAUCAAAAAACGGAAACAGAAAUUAAAGCAAAGGAUAACAUUGCAGAUGAAGGAGAAAAGGACAAUGAAGGAGCGAAGAAACGUAAAAGGAAACACUCUGGCACCCCUGCAAUAGAAGACUUUAUAACAGGUGAAGCUACCAACGAAUCUGUUCGCAGACAAUCAAAAAAACUGAGAGUCUCACAAAAUUCCGAAGAUACUGUAAAUGAUAAAACAGAAACAGCGGACAUUAAAGCAUUUGGAUCCAGUCAAAAAUCCCAAAACAACACCAUCUCCCCUAAAAAGAAAAAUAAGAAGAGUACGGAAGCAGAAAGGAAUCAGUCACAAAACAAAAAUGAAAAGAACUUACUAUCGGAAAUACAUUUUGCUGGACAAAAUGAAAAUAAAGAAAAUGGACAUGAGCACAUACAUGAUGUGGGAAGAGAUAGCCAAGCUUCUGUUUCAGGAAACACCAAAACAAAGAUAAGCAAAAGUAAAAAACGUAAACACAGGGAAGAUGAUGAUGGAAGACAUAAAAAUGCUAAGGUCCUCAAAGAGAACUCGUUAGAUCAGAUACACAUUCCUCGACUACCACCUUCGGUCUUAAAUAAAUUGGCAGACAAACCUAAAAUGAAAGCUCCAGUGAAGAAACAAAAGGCAAUAUCCACUACAGAAUUUCAAGUAGAAACUGCAAAAACGAGAAGGAACAAGCCAUCGAACUAUUUAGAAGAAAGCAUUUAUAUUAAGGAUGGUGAAGAUAAUGGAGCCUCUAAAAAACCGAAGAGAGUGAUCAAGAAACCUCAAGUACUGCCUUUUGUACCUACAGCCUCGAUUUCAAACAGUGGCUUCACGACAAAUUUUAAAGUUAAUGUUAUACCCCAAGAUAUCAAAUUUGUGGCGCAAUCUACUAAUGUCAGUAAUUUUAAAAAUGAUUACUUGUAUCGCAACAAAAAUAAAUUAGUUGCCCAGACGUCGUUUAAAAAGUACAGGAAUAUUAAAAUGUCCAAAUUUUGAACGUUAAAAUGUAAUUGUUGCUUAGUAAACAAAGACUGUAAACAGUUUGUUAUUUGCUUGUCUGUUUUAAAAUGUAAUUUUUAGCAAUGAAAACUAUGGCCUUAAUUGAUAUUUUGAGUGAAUUCUCAGUGCCUACUAGUAGCCACUAAAAUAAUAUAAAAUGAAUGUUAACCUUUUUAUAUUUACUAUCUAUGACAUGACAUCAUUGUUGUUUUAAU